GCAUGUACACCAGUCUGAUGGGACUUUUUCAUCUUCCGUCCAAUUUUGAGAGCUGCAGCCAAAUGUUAAGAAAUCAGCUUGCUGUGUGAAACUGAGUACAGGUUCAUGGUUACUGAGCUGGAGCAGAAAAUCAUCACUCUGAUGAAAAACAAUAUAAGCUGAAUGAAUAUAAGAAUAUACUAAGUCCAGAUUACCCAUAAUGCUCUGAGGUGAAGGAUAAGGAGGAUCAAUGUAGUUUCAGAGAGGAGGCACUGAAGAUCACACUACAUGUACUGAAGAAGAUGAACCAGACAGAUUUAGCCAACACACUACAGACUAAACUGGUCUCUGUUUAUCAGAAGAACCUCAAAACCAAGAUGAUAGAGAAAUAUAAAAGAAUUAAUGAGGGAAUCUCAAAGGAUGGAUCAUCAGUUCUCCUGAAUCAAAUCUACAUAGAGCUCUACAUCACAGAGGGUUGGAGUGGAGACGUCAAUAAUGAACAUGAGGUCAGACAGAUCGAAACGGCAUCCAGGAGACCAGCAGCACAGGAGAUUCCCAUCAAAUGCAACAACCUCUUCAAAGACACGUCCAUCAGAACUGUGCUGACUAAAGGAAUCGCUGGAAUUGGAAAAACAGUCUCAGUGCAGAAGUUCAUUCUGGACUGGGCUGAAGGAAAAGCAAAUCAGGACGUCAGCUUUAUAUUUCCACUUCCUUUUAGAGAGCUGAACUUGAUGAAGCAGGAAAAUCUCAGUCUGAUGGAACUUCUGCAUCAGUUUUUCCCAGAAAUCAAAGAUUUGUCAUCAUUAGACUGUGAUGCUUAUAAAGUUUUGUUCAUCUUUGAUGGUCUGGAUGAGUGUCGACUUCCUCUAGAUUUUCAGAAGAAUAAUAUUUUGUGUGAUGUAACAGAAUCAGCCUCUGUGGAUGUGCUGCUGACAAACCUCAUCAAGGGGAACCUGCUUCCUUCUGCUCACCUCUGGAUUACCUCUCGACCAGCUGCAGCCAAUCAGAUCCUUCCUGAGUGUGUAGACCAGGUAACAGAGGUACGAGGGUUCAGUGACCCUCAGAAAGAGGAGUACUUCAGGAAGAGGAUCAGUGAUGAGAACCUGGCUAGUAAAAUCAUUAAACACAUAAAGUCAUCAAGAAGCCUCUACAUCAUGUGUCACAUUCCAGUUUUCUGCCGGAUCUCAGCCUCUGUUCUAGAGAGAAUUCUGGAUGGAGCCGAGGGGAAAGAGAUCCCCAAAACUCUGACUCAAAUGUUCAUUUACUUUCUGAUCUUUCAGAUAAAACACAGUGAACAAAAGUACCAUGGGAAAUCUGAGCCUGAUCCAGACCAGACCAGUGAGACGAUACUGGCACUGGGAAAACUGGCCUUCCAACAGCUGGAGAAAGGAAACUUGAUCUUCUAUGAGGAAGACCUGACAGAGUGUGGCAUUGAUGUCAAAAACACAUCAGUGUACUCAGGAGUCUACACCCAAAUUUUUAGAAAGGAGUUGGGGCUGCACCUGGGUCAGAUCUUCAGCUUUGUGCACCUGAGCGUUCAGGAGUUUCUGGCUGCUUUAUAUGUAUUUCUCACCUUCAUCAACAAAAACAGAAAUGUGCUGGUGAUGCAAAACACUGGAUUCUUUAACAUCUUUAGAAACAAUACAAACAUGUCUGACUUUCUGAAGAGUGCAGUGGACAAGGCCUUACAGAUUAAGAAUGGACACCUGGAUCUUUUCCUUCGCUUCCUCUUGGGUCUCUCACUGGAGUCCAAUCAGACACUCUUACAAGGCCUACUGCCACAAACAGGAAGUGGCUCUUACAACAAAGAGGAAACAGUCAGGUACAUCAAAAAGAAGAUCAGUGAGAAUCCCUCUCCAGAAAAAUACAUCAAUCUGAUCCACUGUCUGAAUGAACUGAACGAUGAUUCUCUAGUACAGGAGGUCCAAAAAUACCUGAACACAAGCAUUUAUGCUUAUCACGAUAGACUCAGUCUUUCUCCUGCUCAGUGGUCGGCUCUGGUGUUUGUGUUGCUGAACUCAGAUCAGGAGCAGGAUGAGUUUGAUUUGAGGAAAUAUUAUCCAUCACAUGAAGGUCUUCUGAAGAUGCUGCCAGUGGUGAAAGAAUCAAGAAAAGCUAAGUUGUUUGAUUGUAAUCUAACAGAGGAAAGUUGUGAAGUUCUGUCCUCAGUUCUCAGUUUAAACUCCUCCAGUCUGAAACAUCUGGACCUGGGUAACAAUAAGCUGAAGGAUUCAGGAGUGAAGCUGCUCUCUGCUGGGCUGGAGAAUCCACACUGUAAACUGGAGAUACUGGUGUUGUGGAAGUGUGAUCUAACAGAGGAAAGUUGUGAAGUUCUGUCCUCAGUUCUCAGUUUAAACUCCUCCAGUCUGAAACAUCUGAACCUGAGUAACAAUAAACUGAAGGAUUCAGGAGUGAACCUGCUCUCUGCUGGACUGGAGAAUCCACACUGUAAACUGGAGAUACUGGAAUUGAAUGGUUGUAAUCUAACAGAGGAAAGUUGUGAAGUUCUGUCCUCAGUUCUCAGUUUAAACUCCUCCAGUCUGAAACAUCUGUACCUGAGUAACAAUAAACUGAAGGAUUCAGGAGUGAACCUGCUCUCUGCUGUACUGGAGAAUCCACACUGUAAACUGGAGAUACUGUGGUUGUGGAGAUGCAGUAUUACAGAUGAAGGUUUUACUGCUCUGGCUUCAGCUCUGAAAUCAAAUCCAUCAUCACGUCUGAGAGAACUGCAACUGAGCGACAAUGAUCCAGGAGAAUCAGGAGUAAAACUGCUCAAAGAUCUACAGGAGGAUCCACAAUGUAACCUGAAGGAACUGCACAUCCAAUUCUAAUACACAUUGAAUUAUGAGAACAAGAAGAUGAAGAGCAGUGGAGAUAAACACCAUCUACUCUUCAUACUGGGAUUCUACAUGGUGACACUUUGUUCAGCUUCUUACUGCUCAAAUCUGUAAACAUGCUUUCUGUAUAAAUGUGUGCAUGACAUCACUUCCUGUACAAGAUCAACCCUCUCAAACCCACUCUGAAGUGCUGAUGGACCUUCAUCUCUCCUCCUAUACAUCUGUACUGAAGUAUUGAAAUUGGAGAGUCCAUCAGGUUUCUGGUACCAUCUGUAUUAAUGUAAUAGACUGAACAUUCAGCACCUGGUACAGUUAGGAGCUGGAAAACAGGGUGAGGGUCCUUGAGGACUGCUUUAGAAAACCCUGCAUUAGCUUGAUGCAUUAGCAUGCUGUUCACUGUCCUGCCUGUAUUAUGUAAUAUGAUUAGAACAGACCAAAAUAGACAUUAGUAGAGGUCCUGGGAUGGAAUUCCUGGCAUUUAGCAGACACUUUUAUCCAAAGCAACUUACAAUAUUGUGACAGUUUGUUGUCCUAAGCAAUUGACAAAGUGAUGAUUCUUAUUAAUGAUGUGAAAUAUAGAAGAUGAUGAUAAUGUACACUAUAAAUUUCCAUUUUUGUUCAUUACAUUUUAUAACUUGUGUUUAAAAGUAAUUUUAACAUUUUUGUUGUUUAGUUAUAUAAGCUCCAUCUCUCAGUACUGUUCAAAUGAAGCUCAAAUGUCCAUAUGUUUAAAUAUGUUCAAAAAGACAAAGGUUUUCAUGGGGUGUCCUAACUUUUUCACAUGACUGUAAGUAUUUGAUAAAAGGGACUGUAAGUGUAACAGUUCUUUUCAUGACUAAUAAUAAUAACACUAACACAUUAUAAUUGAUAUUUUGAAUAAACAUUGUGUUCCUGUUACCUGUAAUGAAUGGAACUACUGUAUUAUUACUGUUUGGGUAUAUUUUGUGUGGAGUUUAUAUUCUUCAUUACGUUUAUCUUUCUGCAGUAAUGCAGUGCAGUAAAAAA